GCCGGGUGGCGCGCCAUGGCGUUGAGGGGCAUCCUUGUGGUGGAGCUGUCCGGCCUGGCGCCGGGUCCGUUCUGCGGGAUGAUCCUGGCCGACUUCGGGGCGCAGGUGGUGCGCGUGGACCGCCCCAACACCCGCGGCGACGGGGGCGUCCUGUCCCGGGGCAAGCGCUCGCUGGUGCUGGACCUGAAGCAGCCGCGAGGGGUGUCGGUGCUGCGGCGCCUGUGCGCCCGGGCGGACGUGCUGCUGGAGCCCUUUCGCUGUGGUGUCAUGGAGAAGCUGCAGCUGGGCCCCGAGAUCCUGCAGCGCGAGAAUCCCAGGCUCAUCUAUGCCAGGCUGACUGGGUUUGGCCAGUCAGGCAGAUUCGCCAGGGUAGCUGGCCAUGAUAUCAACUAUUUGGCUGUGUCAGGUAUUCUGUCCAAACUUGGCAGUAGAGGUGAGAGCCCACGUCCUCCUCUCAAUCUCCUGGCUGACUUCAGUGGCGGCAGCCUCGUGUGCGCGCUGGGCAUCAUGAUGGCACUUUUUGAACGCACACGCUCGGGCAAAGGUCAAGUCAUUGAUGCAAGCAUGGUGGAGGGAACUGCGUAUCUGAGUUCCUUUGUCUGGAAAACUCUGAAAUCGGGACUGUGGGAACAAGCUCCAGGAAGGAACCUGUUAGACGGUGGAGCACCUUUCUACGCGACAUACAGGACUGCGGACGGAGAGUUCAUGGCUGUGGGAGCAAUAGAACCUCAGUUCUAUCAGCUGCUGAUUGAAGGACUCGGACUGAAGUCUGAUGAACUCCCUAAUCAGAUGAGCGUAGCUGAUUGGCCAGAAAUGAAGAAGAAAUUUGCAGAUGUAUUUGCAAAGAAGACCAGGGCAGAAUGGUGUAAGAUCUUUGAUGGCACAGAUGCUUGUGUGACUCCUGUGCUGUCCUUUGAAGAGGCUGUUCAUCACGAGCACAACAGGGAACGGGGCUCAUUCAUCACGGAUGAAAGUCAAGAUGUGAGUCCCCGCCCUGCCCCAGUGCUGUCCAACACGCCAGCCCUCCCUGCUCAAAGAGGUGCUGUUAUGGGAGAACACUCUGAAGAGAUCCUUAAAGAAAUCGGAUUCAACCAGGAAGAGAUCAAUCAGCUGAAAUUAGAUAAAAUCAUUACAACUAAUAGACCAAUGGCUAAUCUGUAACUUAGGGCUCAUAGUUCAGGUAAAAUUGAAUAUUGCUUUUACAAUGUAGAAUAAUCUGCAAAAUUAUAUGCAUGGAAACAUGGCAGAACAA